GGGGUUGCCAUGGGCUUGUGAUUCUGUCGAAAUAUGUAUUUGACUUAUCCUUAACACCAAAAUUGCCGUUGAAACGGGAGCCCAGUUGCCUCCCGUGGCCUGUAGACCUUUCUCUUUGGCUGUAAACUGGCAUUGCUAUAUCCUACACGUUCUUUAUUCUACCAGUGUUCAUACCCGUCCCACACUGUCUCACUCUCACUAUUCUUCCAUUUCCUGUAUCUCAUCAUGUUUUCUUUUCGCCGAAGGCCCAGAACUUCAAACUCCACGGGGUCACCACUGAAAAGCUCUCCCUCUUUGCCUGAGCUGCAUUCUCAAGGCAUUCCAUGGCCGGAAAACUUAGUAGAUGUCACGGUAAUACAUGAAGGUCCCCUUCCAGAGCCCGAACGUUAUCCCCAGCAAGGUGCGGUCAAAAGCUCUGUAUCCUGCUCCGAUCGUGCCCCCAUUCCAUUCCAUAAACCAUUUCGGUUAAUUGCAGGACAACCGGCGGAAAAUGGCAGCAAGAUUUCGUCUAUGUAUAUGUCUCACCCCCCGUCUGCGUUCGGUAAUUGGAGAUCUUCCACCGUUCCUGUCUUGUCGCCACGGCGAUCUCACCGUAAAAACCGUGCAUCACCUGCGUUCAACCUCAUGGUAUGUUACCACAUUGAUCUCCCAAAAUUGAUUGAACUACGACGCGUCGACCAGGUCGUAGGAGCAAGAGGCACAGGAAAGACUUCGUUCUUGCGUUUACUUCUCGAAACUGCAGAUAUAUCGCCAAAUGCGACAGAAGACCAGCGUGUGGGCUUGGAUCGGUUUUUGAAUGGUUCUCUGAAGCAUACACAGCAAAUUAACACGGCUUGUGUUGAGAUUUGCGAGUCGCGGUAUGACCGAGUGCUUCUGACCGUCAUUGAUACCCCCGGGCUGGAUUUCAGCGACGGACACGAGUUGCGGGUUGAACGCCAGGUCAGUGGGAUGAUCAAGUAUCUUGACGCGCAAUUUGCAGAUACGAUGAAUGAGGAGUCUAAAGUUGUCCGUCAAAGCAAAGGAGAUCAACAUGUUCACUUGUGUAUCUUUAUGGUUGAUCCCUCGUCUAUUUUGUCACCGUCACCUCGCAUCCAAUCCCCUAUGUCGGGCAGAGCCCGGUCAGAUACCACGGUUUCUCGUACUACCGUCGGAGAUAUCCAAGAAGCCAUUUAUAAUCAAGAAUAUUCCAGAGACUUCGCAAUGUCCCCCGCUGAGCUUCGCGUGAUCCGUCGUCUUUCGGCACGGGUGAACGUGCUUCCUGUUAUUGCACAUGCGGACUCACUUACAGAUGACACGUUGUCGCUCGUCAAAGCUGCUAUUCACAGGGAUCUAGAAUCAGCUGGCCUAGACUUUGGGGUGUUCUCCACACCCAAGCCGAAAACGGACUCCCCCGUACCGGUGUCACUCUCGGACGAUAAAGCUGCCACAACGUUGCCGCAAGAAGUAAACGGUCACCGUGAGAACGGCGACGUCCACCAAAAUGGCAGCUCUUACGUUGCAAAUGAUAGUGAAAACCAGGGACGCCCCUCACGUCCAGUGAUUACACUGAAAGGGACGCGGCUUUCCCGUUCUCGUUCUCGCUCUCGUCGUGACCUAUGUGCCGUAGCUCAAGACGAAAGAGAACCCUACUAUCCCGAUGGCGCCGAAGAAGAUAGCGUAGCAAAUAUUCGUUUCUCAGCUCAUGUUGUCUCCCAAACAAAUCUCUCAACGUUACUUCCCUUCGCGCUUAUCACUCCAGAACAGGCAACUACCCCGCGUAUCAGAUGGCCGCAGCCAGCUUCCCCUGAAUCUAACUUUUGUGCGCGGGAAGACGUGACAGGACCCUCUACCCCUGUGGCAGAAACACCAAUCUCUCUCGAUAGUCCUACCGUCCGCAAAUCCGUGUUUUUUCAAUGUCCCCCGCAGGAUCUCAGGGGCGUGUUCACUCGGAAGUUCAGAUGGGGGACUAUUGACGUUCUCAACCCUGGCCACUGCGACUUCGCCGCCCUCCGAACAGCGAUUCUAUUGACCCAUCUCAAGGUUCUCAAGGUACAUACUCGGGAAGUUCUGUACGAAAAGUACCGAACGGAGAAACUCUUGGCUAGGCGCGCAACCAGGAACAUAGGCCCCGAGGAAGCGAAGCGUCUGUUGGAAGAUCUUGGCUUGUAAUUCCGUCAAUUUAUUCCUAUUUACGAGUUCUAUCAAGAUCUCUCUUGUACUCCCUAGUUUUUGAUUACUUCCUCUGGAUCAGUUAUAUAUUGUAUGUCAUCGUUCAUACUAUGGAUCUAUUUUUUUGCACUCCCUCUCACAAUUGGGAAUAUCACAUUGGGCUUCCCCCGCACUUUUGGAUUCAUCUACGCUCUUUUUAAAUACCCUGCUUUUGAACCCCUCUUUGAAAUUGA